CCCUCUCCUGUCCUUGGAAUGUGGGUUCUGCUUGCCUUUCUCACUCCCAGAGGAUGAUCCAAGGAGAUCGUUUUGGGAUACUGAGAUGGUGUUGAGGCCACCUUGACGGUAGGGGUGACUGAACCCGGUUAAGACCUCUGUAUAAACUUUUAAGUUGUGGUUGGCGGGUGCAGAGAUCCACUUGUCCUGAUGCUGCCCAAGAUGAAACUCCUGUGUAAGUUCUCCUGCUUAUGAAAACUCCACCUGCCAACAUGGAGUGGCUUCUUCAGUCUCUCCCCGCCCUGUGAGUACAGAGGCCAGUUUCAGAUUUCACCCCAGGAGCUUCUGUGGAGCUUGCAAACCAACAGGGCAUCCCCAGGGGAUGUGGUAGUCGAUAACGCCUGCUCCCGCUCUGCCCCUUUUCCAAACAGGCCACCGUAUUCCACCGCACAUAUGGAUAAAAGAAACGUCUAAUGACAACAUAAUGCGGCGUUUUAACACAGGGCCCUGCGCACUCCUUGAAGCCCUCAGUUGAUCAAGACUCAGGAAGGCAGUUAGAUCUCAGAGUUCCAAGGGUCUGCGACCUAACGGUGAUGGUUCUAGUGAAACCCUCCCACCCUGCCAGGAGACCUCUUCCUCAUCCACAUUACGGCUGAGAAGCCAACCACCCCACUUCCUUGACGACCCACCUGCCCUUGUCCACAUUACCUUUGAUGUGUAUUAGGCAUCCUCUCCUUGUGGUGUAUUUUUGUCCCAACCAGGAGGGGACUCCGAGGAAAGGUCAGUAGUUAAGUCCCAGAGGAGCUCUUCAACAGAUUGCCAGGAGGGAAAGAGCUCAGGACGGUGAAGAGCCCGUGGAGUUUCAGGCUUCGGGAACUCUGGUCAGGGGGCGAACGGAUCUGGGAGCAUCCAGUCCUCCAUUUUGACAUCUGUGUUGUUGGUCAACCCUUGAGAAGCUGCUGAUGUUACGAGAGCUCCUUGAGAGGAGCAACGAGGACGGCAGAGAGCUUGUGGAGGAGAUGACAGAAGCAGUGGUAGGCUCAAACGAGGACCCGGCAGAGGAAACGGAGGACCCGGAACCCCUGGAGCCAGACGACGACGACGGAGGUACUUUCCAACAAGUCACAAACCUCCUCAACAUCAUGGACAGCGGGUCAGCAAAGACGGACGCUGCUGGGGGGACAGGUCCUGACAUGCGGAAGAUGCUGGUCUCGGUGAUAAUCACGGAGAAGGCCACCACGGAGCCCUCCGCGGUGAUCAACGCUCUCAUCCGUUGCCUGCAGGUGCCCGAGAUUUCCACCCAGCGCAAAGUCAACAUUUACAACAUCCUCCAGGAGAUCAUCCAGCAGGAGGGGGAGCUAGAGGAUCAGGGCGUCCAGAGGCUGGUCGCCAUCGCCUCCAAGGAGAUGAGGGAGAGCCUGGAGGUGGAGGGCUACGUGAAAGCAGAGGUGGCCAGCGACACCCUGGUGGCUUUGUCCCGCAACCACUUCAACUUGGUCAUGUAUGAGCUGCAGCACCACCUCAAGCCUCUCAACCUCACGGACGAAUUCGUCAUCGUCACCUUGGCGAAACUGGCCAAUGGCAACGUGUUUGAAUUCAUGCCAUACAUGGGCAUCACCCUGGCCACCAUAUUCACGAUGCUGAGACUCACCAAUGAAGCCAAGAUGUGCCAGGUGAUGUGCAGUGAAGUGUGCCAAUGCCUUCUGGAGGGAGGUGGCCCCGGGAGACCUCGUCCGGCUGCUGCCCCUCGGGGCUCACCGCCCCCACCCUGCUCCGUAGCCAUGGAGACCUUCUGUGAGACGGUCCAGUUUUACCUGCGGCAUCUGGAGGACAGUGUGUAUCCUGUGAUGACGGAAGAUCAGUUUGCCAUGAAGCUGUUCCCGAUGUAUCGCUAUUUCGUGACCGUGUGGCUAAGGAACCACAACCCUGAGGUGAAGCUGGGGGUCAUCAAGUCCCUGAAGCCCAUGCUGACCCUCCUCCUGCCCAACGACGACCUUCGGAAUCAGUUGUACGACUACAUCCCCCUGCUGCUGGCGGAAUACCGGGGUGGCCUGGAGGCCCUGUUCAUCACGCAGGUCUUGAGGCAGAUCCUGGAAACGUCCGUCACCACCAACACCCCCGUCCCCCAAAUGCAACUACACACCAUUUUCACGGAACUGCACGUCCAGGUGUGUUCCAAGGCUCCCGCCCAGCAGCAGUACAGCAGCCAAAACCUGGCGGAGAUCGUACACUGCUUCAUAGCCCUCGCCCGGUCCUACCCCAAGGAGCUGAUGAAAUUCUUCCUUGGUCAGAUGGAGAUGAGCCAAGAGGCCAUCCGCGUGGGGACAUUGACCCUGAUUAGGGCGAUAGUGAACGCAGCUGAGCCCAGAAUGAAUGUCAGGACCAUCUACCUGGCCAUCCGGGUGGUCAAGACCACCCUCUCUGACACCCGCUUCAAGGUAAGGAUGGCUAUUCUCCGCAUCAUCGGCCAGUUGGCUCUGUCUGGCUACCAGGACAGGAUCAAAGGCUGGGGCCUGAAGUACGUGUCUGUGCAGCUGACUCUCUCCACCUACAAACUGACAAAUCGCCGGGAGAGCUUUUAUCAGAGGGACCUGGAGGAGAAGAUGGUCCACAAAGUCACCAUGGACACCGUGCGGAUCAUAACCUCUUCCGUCAGUGGGAUGACCAAUGAGUUCUGGCUGCGGCUCCUGUGCUACAUCAUGGAGACAGAUCACACCGAGGCCUUGACUCCCAUCUGCAUCAGUCUCACAAACCUGGUGGAACGCCAGCCGCGCACCAAGGAUGUGGAGGCCAGUGUGGCCAGCAAGAGCAGGCACGUGGAUCUGCCUGCGCCCCAGAAACUGCUAGCCCGUCUCCUGGUGCUGAUGUCAUCCCCCUACAAGGGGGAGGGCCGUGGGAUAGCCAUGCUCAACCUCCUAAGGACCCUGAGCCAGAGCAUCGCGCCCGCCAUGGCUGACAUGUGGGAGCUGGAGAUCCCUCUGCUGGUCAAGUACCUGGAAGAACAUACUGAGUUUACUUGGAAUCAGAAGACCUGGGAGGACAAGCUAAUUCAGUUUCUGAGAAACUCCCUUAAGAAGACUCGAGGUUCCAACUGGAGCUUGCGUCUGAGCAAAGAGCUGAACAACCAGAUCGAAAGCUUUGACAGCCCCUCCCUGGAGAAGGGCUUUCUGUAUCGGGCCCUGGGUUUCACACUGGCCACAGGCCUGGAGGCCGACAAGGUAGAGACAUUGCUGCUGGAGCUGCUGUACAAGACAGACUAUGGCAACGACUUUGACCGGGAGGGCGUGAUUCUGUGCUUUGGCCUGUGUGCCCGUGGCCAGGUGAAGACAGUGCUGAAUGUGCUCCAUGACUUUGAGGAGAGGAUCCAGGAGUCGGAACAGUCCUGGCAGAUAGGGGCUUGGCGGAAGGACCAUCCCUGGAGGCGGGAGACAGUGAAGGGCGCCCUCAUGGUCAUGUACAGCUGUGUGGCCUCGUACUGCCACCCCCAGAUGCUCCUCACCCACGCGGACACCCCCAUCACCGCUAAGAUCAUUCAUCACUUCUCCAGCAGCUGCCAGGACAUCUGUCUCAAAAUGGCCUUCCUGAAGAGUGUGGUGCAGGUCACCGAUGCCAUCCGGAACAUCAAGGACCUGGAGGACUUUGAAUUUGCCCAAAAGAUGAGCCUCACUGGCAUUAUAAUAGCCACCAUCAAGGCGGAACCCACCGACAGCCUGGUUUCUCCUGUGCGGACCAUGGCGAUAGAGGCCCUCUCGCACCUGAGUCUGAAGCCUUUCUACUCCACAGAGGAAAACAAUGAACUGAUGGAUAUCAGUAUUCACUCUGUCAUUUCUCUUCAACCCCCACUAGAGGACAAUGAGUCCAUUCAGACCCUGUACGCAAAUGCGCUUCAGGCCCUGGAACACCUGAUGGAGGGCCUCAUGCAGAGGCAGCUGGACCCCAAAGGGCUGCAGGAAAUGGUACACCUCCUGGAAAAGUGGAUCUUGUCGGAGAGAGAAGGGGAGCGGGAGAAGGCCAUGAACCUCCAUCUCCGUCUCCUGCAGAUCCACGUGCAGAGCGUCGGUGUCUGCAUCCCCCUGAAGCUGGGGCAGUUUGGCACGCUGGUUGGACUCAUUGCCCCUCGCACCUGUGACUCACACACAAGAACCCGCAUGGCCUCGAUGGAUGUCCUGUCCAGGCUGCUGGAUCUUCAUGCAAGCCAGACCUGCUCUUUGUGGGGCCCUUCCGAGGAAUUGGAGCUUGCAAAAUGUAAGGAGGAUCUCCAGGGCUUGGACAUGGAGGAGAUUUUCAGUGCGUCUUCCAGAAUCGCCAAGGUGGUUUGCAUGCAGUUUAACUGUGACGAGGUGGUCUCGCUCAUCCAGAAGCUUUGUGAGAACAUCGGGGCCAUGGACCUGUGGCAUGACAAGGCCUCCGUCACCUGGAUAGGCACCUUCCUCCAGAGGCGGACCAAGGAGCUGGAGGACAAGGUGGCUGAGAUCCUGGGUGCCCUCUUGGUCCACCUGCCCGUGGCGGACCACCCGGAAGUGCGGCGUCUCCUCGUCGAGGGCAUCCUCCUGCUGGCGCACUACCACCAGGAGACGGUCCUCACAUCGCUCCUGAGGCAGCCCCUGCCCAUGGAGAGCCACCUGACGGAGGUGUGGCUGGCCGUGGCCGAGAACGUGCCCUUUGCCCGGACGAUGCUCCAUGGGCUGAUGGGCCGGCUGCAGGCGAGGUUCACCCCCAGGGCCAAUGCCACCUCCAAAGCUGACAUCUGGCGCCUGGCCGCGGUGGACCCUCUGAUGACCCUGUGCACCAUUCACCUCCUCAUCCAGAAGAUGGAUAUGGACGACAAGGUCCUGGACCUCUUCCCCGACCUCAUCUACACCCUCCUGCUGCAGCUCAGCGGCAGCCAGGGGCCAGAGGCUGUGUCGCCUGUCCUCAAGACGUGGAGACUCGUCCACAUGGGGACCCUGCCCAAGGAGAUCAAUCUGCAGAGGAUCACGAUCAAGUCCAUGAAACUUCUGUUCAGAAGACUCAGCAGCGAGCAGCUGGUUCGCACGCUGGAGGAGCAGGGCGUGUGGAGCCUCCUGCAGACCAGCUCCACGUUCCUGCAAGGCGCGGGCCUGCUGGCCAGGUUCUGCAUGCGGAACAUGGAGGGCUACAGGCAGCGGCUGUCAGAGCUGGUGCUCAGGGGCAUGGACUCGGAUGUCCUCAGCUGUCGCAUCAGCAGCACGGCGGUCUGCGUGGAAUUCAUGAGCGACCCAGUUCUGUACCAGGAGAAGCUGCUGAAGCCCACGGUGUUGAUGCUGGAGAAGGGCGUGGACCAGGAGGACGAGGCCUUGAGGGUGCUCUCCCUGCGUGCCCUGGGCAACAUGGCCCUGGGUGCCCCCAAGAAGGUGAGGCAGUACCGGAAGCUGUUACUGGAGAAGUGCCUGGGCUCCCUGCGGGAGCCCGUGGUCACCAGCGUGACCUCCGAGGGCAUGGAGGCCCUGGCCAAGAUCCUGGCUGAGCUCCGGGAGGGCGACGUGGGGUCCUCGUUCGGCAUCAUCUCCGAGCGGUGCAGGGCCUUCUUCGACAACGAGAGUGAGCUGCUGCGUUUAAAAGCCUUCGUCCUGUUUGGGAAGCUGGCAAAGCUGGUCAGGAUCUCCAAGAAACACUUCUUCAAGGAGGAAGUGAAAAAAGCCUGGAUUCCCCUCAUGCUGCACUGCCAGGACCCCUGCUCCGAGGCAGCCCAGGCCUGCAUGACCACCAUGUUUCAGUGUGUGCACUUCUGGGGCUGGAAGGCCCUGGAGAACAGCCCGGGCCGAAGUAACACCAGUGCGGCCGAGAUGACUGUUUUCCAGAUGAUGCUGUGCUCCAUCCCGACUCAGAAAAAGCCUGCUGUUCUCUAUAGCUUCUUGCUAGAAACAAUGACCUACGUUAAUAGUAACUUGCCAAGGAUCAGAAUUGCUGCGUGCGACCUGGCAGGAAUUAUUAUGCAGCAGAUGCCUGCGCAUCACCUGAAGAAACUGGACUUUCCGGCACUACGGAAUUCUCUCCAGGAGCUGCAGUUGGACUUGGAUCCUGGGGUCCGGAGGGCAGCCCUGGAGACCCUCAAAGUCUUGGAUACUUGCUGUCAGCACCAGCUUUUGGCUUCUCCCGAAGGAAUUUGCUAGAUGGUCCGAACGUAAAGCGCAGGCUGCCUCUUCAGAGUGCCCAACCACAGCCGUGCAAGCCUCUUUUUAAUUUAGUUUGUACGAAAAGCAUCGUUCUAAAAUAA